AUGGGUGGAGUUCUAUCAGGAGAGAAAGUGUUCAACGAUACAAAAGCGAUUCAUAAUGUAGACAGACAGAUGCUUCAUAAUCAUGAUCCAACUCUAUCAGUGAGCUGUCCGAAAGUGACCACCGAAAUGCACGAGCGUCUCAACUUCCCAAAAGUCGAACUCCAUUUGCAUCUCGAUGGAGCAGUCAGAUUUGACACACUGCUCGAGCUUUCUCAACAAAAGGGAAUCUCAUUGGCUGGAGCUAAAACCGUUGAAGAGCUCAAAAAAGUGUUGGUCACCCACGAGCCAGCUAACCUAUCAAAGGUUCUGGAAGCUUUCGAGAUCUUUUUGCCAGUGAUUCGUGGAGACUUGAGUGCAAUUGAACGAGUCGCUUAUGAGCUUUGUGAAGAUCAACAUAAAAAUGGAGUUGUGUAUUUCGAAGGAAGAUAUUCUCCUCACUUGUUGCUGAGCAAUGAUUAUCCAGAAGUAACUGCAUCCCAUGUUGUGGCAGCUGUCAAGAAAGGAUUCGAUAGAGGAGAGAAACAGUUUGGAAUCAAGGCACGUUCCAUUCUUUGCUGUAUUCGUGGUCUCGAUAAAAAGUUCCCUCAAUUAAUUCUCGAUUUGGCCACUGAUUUGAAACAACUUGGAGUAGUUGCCAUUGAUGUUGCUGGAUCAGCCCACGGAGCCGACGAACAGUACGAGCCAGAAGUUAUUGCUGCAUUCAAAGAAGCCUAUAAACGAGGAAUCCACAGAACAGUUCAUGCAGGAGAAUCUGGUGGUCCAAAAGAAGUGAUGAGAGCAAUUGAGGAUAUGCACGCAGAGAGAAUCGGACACGGAUACCGUAUCAUGAGAGAUGAGGAAUUGUACAUUGAGAACUUUGUGAAUUCCAAGCACGUCCAUCUUGAAGCUUGCCCAUAUUCUUCAGUUAUGACAGGAGCUGUUCCGUUGGAUUGGAAGAAUCAUCCCAUUGCCAGAUGGGCUCAGGAUGACGUUAACUUCUCGGUUUCUCGUGAUGAUCCAACAUGUUUCGAUAAUACAAUGCUUAGUGAAUUGACUCUGGCUCACAAGCAAGUUGGAUUGACUAUUCACCAACUUUGGAAAGCUGUAAUUUGCUGGUUGUCAAGUAUCUUUUUCAAAAUAUCAAUUUUUCAGCAACUCAACGCUGCCCGUUCAUGUUUCCUCCCUGAAGACGAAAAAGCGGUACUCGUGAAACUAGUUGAAGCUGGAGAGCCACCACUUCCAUAA